CUGGGGAGGGAGGGCUAUGCUAAUGUUGUUGAUAUCCUGGGGCCACCCGAGUUAAAGGGGGGAAAUCCGGGGACUGCCACUGCUGCCACUGGCCCUGGCCCAGCCGGGGGUCCCCCCCUGUAGUCGCCGCAGUCCCGGGGAGAGGCACCCGCCCCCUGCUCGGGGGGGAGGGGGCGCCGCGGGCUCGGGGAGCACGGACGGCCCCUACCCAUGAGGCCCUGAUGGAAAACACAAAGGAUCUGAGUCGGAAGAAACACUAGAAGUCACCCAAAGCAGCCGCCCCUGUCCAGCUUCUGACGAGUGGGUCUUACUUCAUGUGUGUGACACUAUUCCUGGGGAGACAUGAACAAAAGUCUACUCACCUCACUUAGGUAACUGAUAACAAACCGAAGUAAGGAUACCACCAAAUUCCAAUUUGACAGAACAUUCUUCACAAUCCAAAAGAAAAAGCAGACUCGUUCGGGAUGUUUGACGGCUAUGAUAGCUGCAGUGAGGACACAAGUAGCAGCUCCAGCUCUGAGGAGAGUGAGGAAGAAGUUGCUCCUUUACCUUCCAAUCUCCCAAUCAUCAAAAAUAAUGGACAAGUCUACACAUACCCAGAUGGUAAAUCUGGCAUGGCUACCUGCGAGAUGUGUGGGAUGGUCGGUGUACGAGAUGCUUUUUACUCUAAAACGAAACGUUUCUGCAGUGUUUCUUGUUCAAGAAGUUAUUCGUCAAACUCUAAGAAGGCAAGCAUUCUGGCCAGACUUCAGGUAACGGGUAAGCCUCCAACAAAGAAAGCAAAAGUCCUUCAAAAACAACCUUUAGUUGCUAAAUUAGCUGCCUAUGCUCAGUAUCAAGCUACCUUGCAAAAUCAAGCAAAGACAAAAGCAGGUAAUUCUGCAAUCUCUGUGGAAGGCUUCAGCUGGGGUAACUACAUCAACAGCAAUAGCUUCAUAGCAGCUCCAGUUGCCUGUUUUAAGCAUGCACCUAUGGGGACCUGCUGGGGUGAUAUCUCAGAAAAUGUAAGAAUAGAAGUUCCCAAUACAGACUGCAGUCUACCUACCAAAGUCUUCUGGAUUGCUGGAAUUAUAAAAUUAGCAGGUUAUAAUGCCCUUUUGAGAUAUGAAGGAUUUGAAAAUGAUUCUUCUCUGGACUUCUGGUGCAAUAUAUGUGGGUCUGAUAUUCAUCCAGUUGGUUGGUGUGCAGCCAGUGGAAAACCUCUCGUUCCUCCUAGAACUGUUCAGCAUAAAUAUACAAACUGGAAAGCCUUUCUAGUAAAAAGACUUACUGGUGCCAAAACACUUCCUCCUGAUUUCUCACAAAAGGUUUCUGAGAGUAUGCAAUAUCCUUUCAAACCUUGCAUGAGAGUAGAAGUAGUUGACAAGAGGCAUUUAUGUCGAACAAGAGUAGCAGUGGUGGAGAGUGUAAUUGGAGGAAGACUACGGCUGGUGUAUGAAGAGAGUGAAGAUAGAACGGACGACUUCUGGUGCCACAUGCACAGCCCCUUAAUCCACCAUAUAGGGUGGUCUCGAAGCAUAGGCCAUCGAUUCAAGAGAUCUGAUAUUACAAAGAAACAGGACGGACAUUUCGAUACACCGCCACACUUAUUUGCUAAGGUAAAAGAGGUAGACCAGAGUGGAGAAUGGUUCAAAGAAGGAAUGAAAUUGGAAGCUAUAGAUCCAUUAAAUCUUUCUACAAUAUGUGUUGCAACCAUUAGAAAGGUGCUGGCUGAUGGAUUCCUCAUGAUUGGGAUUGAUGGCUCAGAAGCAGCAGAUGGGUCUGACUGGUUCUGUUAUCAUGCAACCUCUCCUUCUAUUUUCCCUGUGGGUUUCUGUGAAAUUAACAUGAUAGAACUGACUCCACCCCGAGGUUACACAAAACUUCCUUUUAAAUGGUUUGACUACCUCAGGGAAACCGGCUCCAUUGCAGCACCAGUAAAACUGUUUAAUAAGGAUGUUCCAAACCACGGGUUCCGUGUGGGAAUGAAGCUAGAAGCUGUAGAUCUCAUGGAGCCGAGGUUAAUAUGUGUAGCCACGGUCACUCGAAUUAUUCAUCGGCUCUUGAGGAUCCACUUUGAUGGCUGGGAAGAGGAAUAUGACCAGUGGGUGGACUGCGAGUCCCCUGACCUCUACCCUGUGGGCUGGUGUCAGCUAACUGGGUAUCAGCUGCAGCCUCCAGCGUCGCAGUCAUCAAGAGAAAACCAGUCAGCUUCUUCCAAACAGAAGAAAAAGGCUAAGUCUCAGCAAUACAAAGGACAUAAGAAAAAGAGGAAGAUGCCAAUUGGGAAGAAGCCUGUCAGUUUGUCGAGCCUGCCCAUGACAGGCGGGGUGCGGAGGAGCUUCUCUGGGGACGAAGAGUUGACUCCUCCUCCAUAUCGAACCCUGCCAGCACAGACAGCCCUGGAGGCCUUCCCACCUCCCAGCACUAGCCGAGAGUUCAGGCCCAGCCUCAAAACAGUGACCACGUCACAUCUGAAGGAGGAGCUGCUAGACGGAGAGGACUGUAGCUUCCUUCAGGGAGCAUCUGACCAAGAAAGCAAUGGCCCUGCCACUGUCUACAUCAAACAAGAGCCAUGAGGCGACUCAGAAACUGUGGGUGGAAGGGGCUGUUUACAGGACUGACUUGCAGUCAGCCAGCUGCGCAGCAGGCUAUUCUACUGGGACAUUUUGCUAAACACAGAAAAGUUCAGUUCCAGAUUUUUCAGGUGGGGGGGAAACUAUUUUGGUGGGGGGGCAAUUUUUCAAUUUAUAAAGACGGACAAUUUUUUGUGUUGUAUUUGAAGCUUUUGAAAGAAUUUUGUAAUAUUUUCCAAGUUUGGAUUUAUGUGCAUUGUUAACAAGAACUGAAAUUAUAACUUUUUUGGUAAGAUAAAAGUUUAGGUAGCAGGAUUGAAGGAAAUGAUUAAGAAGGAUAUAGUUGUAAAUGCAAAUGAACUGUCAUUACAAAUGAACCUUCUUGGUACCUGUUGGGAGAUUUUUGGAUUUUAAAGUUAGGCCAGUCACAUCUCCAGCUUCCUUUGCUGCGAAAAUAUGCAACUGAACCCCUCCCAGAGGGCUCAUCACCAUGUAGAUCACGGAAGGGGUCAUUAAUUGUGCUCGCUGACAUUUUAUUGCAGCCCGUUUAACUGUUUGUACAGAAAUUUUUUCAUUCUGCUAAAAUUUAUUUGGAGUUGUAUAUGAAACUAGGAGAACUCUGGAUACUUUUAUAUGCUCUCCUUCACGUAAAAUGAUUAAAAUUUUCUAACACUAAAGUGUUAAACUGGAAUGGUUGACAAAAUACACAGGAUCUCAGUCUACAUAAAGGGUUGGGGGAAAUUAAUAUUUUCCUAAGUUUGUUCUGUUUUCCUUACUAGAAAACAUCCCAUAAAAGGGAUAUUCUUAUCAGACCUCUGCCAUUUCCUCCAUCCAUGAGAGCAACACAAUGUAACCAUACCUGAAAACAGAUACUGUUCUGUAUUACAAAAAAAAAAAAUCAGAUGAAAAAAUUGGUAUCCAAAAUUUUAAGUGUAGAUUUCAGAAUCAUUCCAGUUCUACUCUUAACUGUCCUGGAUUUGUUAGAAACUGAAAGUAAUUUUUCUUAAAAUUCCAUACAGGCACACACACAAACACACACACACACACACACACACACAUAAAUAUGAAUUGUCUUUAAUUAUAGUCAGAAUUAAUUGUAACAACUGAUUUGGACCAUUUUAAACAUUCCCUAUUUUAAAAUUCUUAUGGCUUCCUUAAGAGGUAGGAUGAAAGGGUAAAUUGGUGACAAGUUUGCUCUCUGUUUUCUAACUUUCUACAAAAUUGUGACUGAAUCAGAGAGCUAGCAUUUACCAGUGAGGUUCAUAAACUAAACUCUCAGGAAUUCAUUGCAUCUGUUCUAGAAGUGCUUCUGGGUCUGAGCCUGGCCUCUUCAGAGUGGUAAUACUGCCCAUUUCCUCUGGAAAAUAGGCAGGGCUAAUGAGAAACUAAUCAAAAUGAUUAACCUCUGCAGCCCUUCAGCCUAUGGAAUGCUUUAAAAAAAAAAAAAAGAAAGAAAGAAAAGAAAGAAAAAUGCUAAUGAAAAACCCCAGGAGACAUGUUAGGUAGGAUUUUUUGUUUGACUUUUAAAUGCAUAGAACAUUAAAAACCAGCAAUUUAUUUUCUAAAAUAUUGCUCUACUUUUGGGAAUAAUAGCAUUGGUAAUAUGCACAGGUUUACCUCAUUCUAUGCAAGAGGGGUUAAUAACAUAAGGUUUUGUAGUAGCUACUGGAAGUAAAAUGUGUUACUUUUUAGUGUAAAAAUGUAUGGAAUCGCAUGUCACCAUUUUUAAUAUUGACUCUUGGGGCUAAAUGCAGAUCACAUCAAUGCAAGUUGAUUCUUGUGUCAAAUAUAUGUGAAUUCAGCUGUAAAAUUACUGGAUAUUUAUCUUAAACAACAGUGCUGAGAGGGACCUACUGUAAAUGUGACAUCCUCACACUUCCCAAAUCUUUGACUUGGAAGGAUCUUCCCAGAAGCUUACAGCCUAGAAGAGGUCCAAAGCAGAGGUCAUAGCAGUCUUUAUUCUCAGGCUCAGCGCAUGAAACCCAGGACUGUUUCCAUGGUACCAGGGCAAGAAGCCUGUUGUAUGGGGUGCUCUCAUACCUUGGGUGGAGGAGCUCUCCAGGGAACUAACUAUAAGCCAGCCAGUCCUGGUAAUUAGUUCUGUGAAAUACUCAUUUGUAGCCAGGUUUUACAAGCUUCCAAUUCUACACCAAAACCAGGUUUAAGGUGUUUAGAAUUCCCCGCCUGCAUUCAUAAAGUGUUUAUGCUCACUCAUAGUGAAGGGUUGGUAAGGACUGGCUAGAGUCCAAACAGACCCCAGAGCCCUGUCUUUGUUAAGACCCUCCCUCCUGCUGCUGACACAGAACGUUAACCAGAGGAGGCUUCCAUUGUAGCCAUAGUUCCUGUUGUCAUACUACUCAGUAGCCCUUUUUCUUCCACAGUUCAACAUGUACUGCUGACCUUGGGUUUGUUUUUGUUUUCCUGUUAGAAGCCUGGGAACUUUUAGUAGUUUAAUCUUUUUAACCUUUUUCCUUGCAGUGUAUGAGGAAAGCUAAAGCUGUUAUCAACUUCUUAUUCUGCGGAUACUAACACGGGUUUUCAGUGUUUGUUUGUUUUUAUUAUUAAUUAAUUUUGUGUGAUGUGAAUACCCUCGCCCAUCAAUAUUUGUAUUAUGGUGCUAUAUAUUUGGUAAUGAUCCUUUAAUAUUGGGGAGGGAUUUUAAAAAUACUGUGAUUAAACUGGGUAUCUUCCUUUGAUUUUCAUAUUUUAAAUAAAGCCACAGUCAUUUAUACAAAAACAAAAACAAAAAAAAAAGCAUCUGUCCCUGGGCAAACCUUUCAAGGACAGAGGCCAAAGUAAAGUACGUAAGGUUUUUACAUCGUUUCUGUGUGCGUUUGAUAUAUAGAUCAAUAUCUGGACAAAUUUAAUCUUUUAUUUUCUGGUAACUUGUGAUUAUUGAGGAAGUGUUUGAAGCUUUCUCAUGGAAUGUAUAUAAUGGCGUGAAAAAUUCCUUCAGAGAAAUUUAUGUUCCUUUCAUUUUUACCAAAAUGCAAAUUUUCAGCAUGGAUGUGAAAAGCAUUAAAAUUAUAACUUUGUGUACAAGAUGAAAAUAA